UUGACUUAUCCUUUUCUGCUUAAGACACAGAAAGUGGGUUUGUGGGGGAAGUGAAAAUGAUAAUGCAUCUUUUGUUUUGGCUCAGUUCCUUGUUUCCGAAGUGAGGCGUGGGAGGAGUAGCACAUGGGUUACUUUUGCCCUGGAGACUGAGGUAAAUCUUGAGGCCACACCUCCGUUCCUCCUUCUGACCUCCCAGAUUAACCUCAGUCUCCGGCCCAGAAGGAGUGUUUUUCCUGACUCUCCCUCACUUCGUAGACUUAGGAAUUUUUCUUACAGGUUUUUUUCCACAAUUUUAUCUUUUUACCUUCUGCAUCUGCUGGAUUGCUGCACCACUCCUCUGCCGUGCUCAGCAUAGCUAGAGCUCAAGCCUCAUUGCUUGCUAGCUAGAGCUCAAGCCUCAUUGCUUGCUAGCGUGCGCGCGCGCCCCAAACAACUUCCUCCCCCUCGCGUAAGAGGGGGAGGAAGCUUCUGCACCACGUGGUGCAACAGAAGCCGCUGCGCGGCUCCCAGAAGGCCGACGAAGACCAGCAGAGAACCGGGGAUCCAGCGGGGAUCGCCCCAAUGCUUCCCAGCCUUAGGAGGAGAUCGGGCCGCAGAUUGGCAGCCGCCAUCUCGCCCAUCGCCAUCUUGAGCACAUGAGUGAGCGCAUGACCGGCGUUCUACGGACGCCGAGAGCACUAUAAAAGCACCGCCGAAGCCGGAAGAGGCUUCUUCAGGCCCCAACUCCGUCGGUAAUCCGGGGAAGCCUGCAAAUCGGUGCCUGCCAGUGACUCGGGCCACCGAUCGGCGGCAGGAAGAAGAGGAGCUGGGAUUCGUCGCAAGAGGAUCGAAUCCCACCUAAUUAAGAGGCCGGCAGAGAGAGAGAGGAGGCUGUUGAUCAGCACGACUGUAAGUACAAUGGCGGAGGCGGCGAGGAGCAGGGGGGCUAAGCCCAGAUCCCUAAGGGUUUUGGAUCCGGGUGAGGGGACCUCCAGGAGGGUUCCCCCAGUCCCCAGAGGGAGGUCCCCAGCCAAGAAGGGCAACCCCAGGGCCCAGGGCAAGGCAACCUUUGUGAAGGAUAUUAGGAUCACCAAGGCCUCUGCAAGAAGGUUCAGGGCCACCAUCAGCCCCUCCCCUUCCAGAUCUCGCUCCCCCUGCAGGCUUCCGGCCCUGGAAGAGGCCUGGGCGCCAUCCCCAGGUUCCCCAAGGGGCUCAGGCAGAAGGCAUAGCUCCCUAUCGCCCCCCCCCCCCAUCGCCUGCACACACAUCUGAGCCUAGGGGUGACCCAUUUGGGCGCAGGGCACCCAAUCCAGACAGGCAUCGGUUGACACCGCAAUCCCCUGAACCCAGGGAUUAUCUACAGUCCCCAGAGCUCCACCCUUCCCUGCCUGAGCUCCCUGCAAGCUUUCAGGAUGUGUUAGCCAGAGCCAUAGCCCAGGGGAUCACUUCUGGGAUGAAGCACCACUCCCAGAGCUCCAGGAGUAGGUCUUCCCGGGACCAGCCCAGGGGUCACCAGGAUCGCUCCAGGGCAUCUGCUACCAUAGGGGCCAGGUCUCCCUCUCCCUCCACUGCCAGUGAGGAUUCGGAGUUAGAGCAGGGAGAAUUGAAGGAGGUGGGGUUCUCUGAGGAUGAGGAUGCUCAGGCACCUGAGGCCCCCAACAUCACUGGUCUUUCCCCCCCCUCUUUGUUUAGCUCCUUACUUCAUAAGGCCAGAGCCACAGCAGACCUGGAUACCCCCACUAGAUCCCAGGCCUGCGACUGCCACGCCUAGCACUAGCUAGAUGGAUGCAGUUAAGUAUGCUUCUCGAGCCUUGUCAUCCUCUGUAGCGUCCAGGCGCCUGUUGUGGUUGCACCACUGGCAGGCGGAGUCCCGGACUAAGUGGCACCUGGCAGGAGCAGACUACGCCGGGGACAAGCUUUUCGUUGCCUCACUGGAUCCUAUCCUGGUGGAGGACAAAAAUAAGCGGAAGGUCUUCCCGGCUACGACCAGACGGUCAGAUCACCGGCAUGCUCUGUACCCCAGGAGAACAUCUUACUGCCCGCCUGAAUCGGACGUCCAGAACCAGAGGGAUCGUGCCUUGGGCUCGCCUACACGCCAGGGAGCUUCAGUGGUUCCUGCUUCCAUACCAGAGAGCCGGGACGAGCGACACCAACUUCAAAAUUUGAGUGUCACUUCAGGUGCUGCUUUCGCUCCGUUGGUGGCUGCCCAAGCACUAGACAAGGGAACCAGCGAGGAGGGUACUCACAACGGACAUGAGCCUGUUUGGCUGGGGAGCACGCCUGGAGACCCAGAUAGCCCAGGGACGCUGGACUCCAACAGACCUGCGCAACAACAUAAACUGGUUGGAGCUCAGGGCUAUCCAUCUGGCCCUUCGUCACUUCAAGACCACCGUGACCGGUCACCAUGUCCUGGUCUUGACGGACAACGUGGCAGCCAAGGCCCACGUGAACAGGCAAGGGGGCACACAUUCCAAGGCCCUUCGCGAUGAGGCCCUCUGGUUGGGGAACUGGGCAGAGAGGCAUCUCCAGUCCAUCAGAGCGGAACACGUCUCCGGGACAGAGAACCAGCAAGCGGAUUGGCUCAGCAGGGAGACGGUUGACAACGGACAGUGGCAGCUCCAUCCCAGCAUCUUCCUGCAGAUCUGCGAGAGGUUCGGACGCCCAACGGUGGAUCUCUUCGCAACCCCAGCGAACGCCCAGCUGCCGAAAUUCGUAUCAAGGUUCCCGUCCAGGGGAGCCAUGGACACGGACGCCCUUCGAUGCAGAUGGCCACCAGGUCUUCUCUACGCCUUCCCUCCCCUUCCCCUCAUUCCGGGGGUUCUGAGGAAGUUAGUGUCAAAGGGAGCAAAGAUGAUUCCAGUGGCUCCUUUCUGGCCACGCCAUCCCUGGCUAGCAGACCUGGUGGAGCUGUCCUCAGCUCCUCACUGGAGGAUUCCCCCGGGGGAGGUGUCCCUACACCAGGGGUCUCUGGAGCAUCCAGAUCUGGAGUGGCUCCAUCUGACCGUCUGGCGAUUGAGCGGGAACAGCUGAGAGGGGCACAUUUUUCUGCAAAGGCCAUUAGGACCGUCGAGGCGUCCAGGAGGCAGUCCACCACUCGCAUCUACAACGCCUCCUGGGUUGCUUUCGUGGAAUGGUGUCAAGUUAGGGACAUCAUCCCAGCUUCGGCCUCUGUGCCCCAGGUUCUGGACUUCCUACAGGAAGGUCUGGAGAAAGGUCUGGCCCCCAGCACCCUUAGGAGACAAGUCUCUGCCCUCUCCAUGGUCCUGGGGUGUGUGUGGAUGCACUGCCUUUGUCUCAAUAUCUGGUCCUAAGGCGCUUCCUUAAAGGAGCAGCGAAUCUGAAACCCCCAGUGGUCCAUCGAUUCCCUAUCUGUGACCUACCCACAGUCCUCCAGGCAUUGACGGAGGCACCAUUCGAACCCUUGAGGGAGGUUUCCCUACAAUUCCUGACCUUUAAGGUCGUCUUCCUGGUUGCAUCACUUCAGCCAGGAGAGUAUCCGAGCUCUUUCCAGAGUCGACCUCUGCACCUUUCUGGAGAACUGGGUCAUCCUCAGACUGGACCCCGCAUUCAUGCCCCAGGUCAAUUCUCCCUUCCACAGGGCGUUAGAGAUAGUUCUGCCGGACUUCUGACUGCAGCCCUCCAGGGAUAGGGAAAGAUCAUGGCACAGGUUGGAUGUCAGAGGAGCCUUGCGCAUCUAUUUGAAGCGCAUGGCGCCCUUCAGAUGUUCAGAGGCCCUCUUCAUGUCCUUUCAACCGUCCACACGGGGAGCCAAGGUUUCCCCAGCCACCAUUAGCAGGUGGAUCAGAGUGACCAUCUCUCAGGCCUACGAGGCACGGGGACUUCAGGUCCCAGAGGGCAUCACAGCGCACUCCACCAGAAGUGCGGCCACUUCAGCAGCCUGGGUCACCCAGGCUCCCAUAGAGAAGAUUUGCAGGGCUGCUGCCUGGUCUUCUCCAUCGCCUUUCAUUAGGCACUACCGGCUAGACGCUUAUGCCUCCGCAGAAGCAGCCUUUGGGAGGAGGGUUCUGCAGGGAGUCCUAGACUCUCGAGGGGCUCAGGCCCAUUGAUCCCUCCCAAGGACAUCUAGCUUUGGUAUGUCCCAUGUGUUACUCCUCCCACGCCUCACUUCAGAAACUGUCAGUUGGUCUUACCUGAACUGCAUGUUUCAAAGAAGGCGUGGGAGUACUAACUUCUCCCCCUUUUUAGGAUGCACCGCACCAGGGGCCUGAGUUAGUCCAGUGGUCAGUCAGGGCCAGACAGGAAGGAUGUGUGCUUGUGCUAUCUCUGUCCCUUCCUUCCAGGUGCUCUGCUACGAACCAUCGGUUAAUCUGGGAGGUCAGAAAGAGGAACGGAGGUGUGGCCUCAAGAUUUACCUCAGUCUCCAGGGCAAAAGAGCUGGGUUAAUACCCAUGUGUGACUCCGCCCAUGCCUUCUUCGAAACAUGCA